CCCGAGGGUACCCCCCAGCCCCCCCGAGGACCCCCCCCAGCCGCUCGUCGCGUCUGCUACUACCAGGCUGGCACUGUCCACCGCCCCGGGGAUGCCAGCUUCAGGAUCGAGGACAUCCCGGGGGAUCUGUGCACGCAUGUCCUGUAUGCCUUCAGCGUCCUCUCGGCGACCACGUGGGAAAUCGCUCCUAAGAACCCCAAGUUCGACCUCGAGCAAAGGGGCUACGAGAGGUUCGUAGGAUUGAAGGCUAGAUUCCCUGGCUUGAGGACCGUCCUGUCUAUCGGAGGAUGGGCCGAGGAUGGGGGGAAGUACACCCAGAUGGUCAGCAGCCCAGAGCGACGGCGGGUGUUCGUGGCGAGUGUUGUCGCCUUCCUCACCAUACACGGUUUCGACGGAUUAGACGUAGACUGGGAGCACCCCGGGGACCCGAGUCGAGGGGGGACUCAAGAAGAUUUUCAUAACUUUCCGUUGUUGCUGCAGGAGCUCCGUACAGCCUUUGAUGCUGAGGGUCGCGGUUGGGAGCUGACCAUAGCCGCCACCAGCACCAGGACAAAAGUGCUCAAAGGCUAUAAUGUACCAGAACUGUGCAGAACUCUGGACGCUGUGUACCUCAUGACCUACAACCUUCGAGGGCUGUGGAAUGGCUACGCAGAUGUACACUCGAUGUUGUACGCAAGAUCUGGUCUGGACACAGGCAACAAAUUAGAGCUAAAUGUUAAUGGCGGAGCGCUCUUAUGGGUGAACCUUGGCUGCCCUCGGAGCAAGAUAGUGAUAGGCGUGCCCUUCUACGGGAAGACCUAUACCCUCUGCAACGCCUCCAUAACCGACCUUCAUGCCCCUAUUAAUGGCACAGGGCAGCGAGGGCCUAUUCUAAAGAGGAAUGGAGUCCUCAUGUACUUCGAGAUCUGCUACUUACUACAGAAUGCUGGCUGGGUGCGGCAGUGGGACGCAGAGGGCCUUGUGCCAUACGCUUACUCUGGCGACCAAUGGGUAGGAUACGAGGACACAGAAAGCCUCAGGAUCAAGAUGGACUACAUCCGGGACAUGGGCUUCCUCGGGGCCAUGAACUGGGCCGUUAACGACGACGACUUCCGUGACCUGUGUGGCCAUGGGCUCUACCCUCUGAUGAGUACUAUUCAUGAGGGGCUGAAGAACUACACUGUCCCAAGUACUUAAAA